UUAUUUUAAAUUUUUAAAUUAUUUUGAUGUCUUGAUGUUAAGCUAUAAUCAAGUACUAUCGGGUCUGACAGAUAGCGCCAACCUAGUGUGUGGGCCUGCCAGUACACGAGGCCCAGGCACCAUCUAGGUCCGGCAAGGGCUGUCACGCCUAGUGGCUUGUGCGCUGUCAGGCCAACAGGGGUAGGCCUAAUGCGUGUUUCCUGAAAGUGUUGAGCCCAGAGUUUUUUGUCAUCACUUCCCCGGUAUGGUCGGAUUCGCUACACCCACGGAUUAAAAUAUAAUACAUAAAUCUAACGCCAUCAAUUCUAUAUAUUUUUACAUAAAAUCUUGAAAAAAAUUAUUUCUCAAUAAAUAGACUUAAUUAAACAAGUUUACACUCCACCAUCACCAUUAGGUGUGUUAAAGUCUUCCAUGACCUGACAUGUCCCCGUCUUUUAACUGUAUUAAAUGAGUGGAAUACAACUCAAAAUAUUACAGAGAUAAAGUUGCAGUCUCUCAUCUUCACAAAAAAAAAAAAGACUUAUGAGUUAUAAAUACACUAUACAACCUUCAAACAAAGAUUCAUAAUUUUUAUUAUCUAUUGUAUAUAUAUUUUAAGAAUAUCUCCCUCUAUAAUAUUAUUGUAUUUUUUAAAAAAUAUAUAUUUUUUAAGCAUUGAAGAGUUUUCAUCUUUAUAAAAGAAGAUGUUUUACAGAUAUUUACUACAAACCACAUUAACCUAUCAAGCAUCAAUCACCUUGACUAGAAAGAAUAGAUAGAAUUACAAGGAUCAAUUGAUUAACUAAUUAUUCAAUUCAAGAAUCAUGUUUCUAGACUACUUGAACUUUUUAGAAACUUUAUCAAUAGAAAAACUGAUUUUCUAUCAAUAAAAUCAUGGUGGCAACUUUUGUUGAAGAUGAAUUUGCAGACGGGAAGUUGUUAAUCUUAGAUAAUGCCGUAAAAUUCAUUGUUUAUUUACCUUUCUUGUGAAGUUAGGUUUGUGCCUUUUCUUCUUGUUUCGGCUGGCACAAAUAGCCUCGUUUGUGAUUCCAAACACAUGCCCAUGGCUAUUGAGCAUAGUUUCGUGUGGAUCUUGAGCAACAUACAGGCCGGGUUUGAUUGAAAGAUGCUCAGUGACGUGAUUCGACUACUGAUCCGAGUGCUUGGAAACAAAUAUCAUGUCUUGUAUAAAGGGUGUGACGGCUUCGACCUCUAAAUUCAAUUUUUUAAGAUGUUCAUGAAGAGGAGGUGACGUAGCUGCAUGGUUUUAAAACUCGGUUUGGAACUUGAUUGACUCCAGAUUAUACUCGGCUGACCCGGGUUAUAACCGGGCUGAGUUUAAAAAAAAACAAGGGAAGUCAAUAACUCGACCGAUCCAGUAGGUUGACUCGAUGACCUAGUUGACCCGGUAAUAUCGGUUGUAACCCGUUGACUAUUUAUUUAUUUAACCAAAAUAUGUUAUUUUGAUUUAUAAACAAAAUUGGGGUUGACCCGAGAACCCAGGCAAAACCCAUGACUCGGAUCUUGGGCUGGGUCGAUUAUCUGGUCAGAUUUAAAAACUAUUUAUAAAAAUUAAAGAUUUUGAGUAGUUAUAGAAGAAUUUGUUCUAAAUUAAUUAUGUAGAUUACAUGAUAUAUAAAAAUAUAUAUCAUUAAGACAUUUUUAGUUCCAAGAGAAUUUCUAAUAAUGCUAUACCAAGAUAAUGGCUUAAAAUAAUAAUAAUAAUAAUAAUAAUAGAAAAUCUAAUAAUGAGGUAAGAUUCAAUUUUUUACAAGAUAGUCUAUAAGCUAUUUUAUAAUAGGUAACAACUUUAUUAUUCAUUGGACUGUUAGAUCUACCAAAAUUAAACAUGUAAGCUUCUGAUUUGGCUAACUUUAUUAUUUUUUCUAGAUAUUUCUAGAUUUAUUAUUUUAUAUUAGAUUCUGUGUUAAUUUUUUUUAAUGUAUUUGGACUAUGAUUUGUUUUGUGGUAAAGGUUGAUUUUUUUAGCCUAUAAAACACAUUGAAAACCUUUUAAGAAUACAAAGUUGAUUAUUUUAAUAUUUAAAAAAUAAAAUAAGGUUUUAGGAAUUUCAAUCCUAUUUCAAUUAAUCUUCUAUCUUUCUUUUUUUAAAAAGAUAAAUCUUCUAUCUUUCUAGGCUCACUGCUGCCUUGAUGUACUUCCACUUGCAUCAAGAAGGCAAUGGAAGGAGCUGUUGAUUAUUUUGGUGGUUGGUUGAAAAGAUUGAUAUUUGAGAACUUCUAUAGAAAACAAUAAAAGUUGAAAUAUUCUAUUAAAAAAAAAGUAAUUCGAUGAUUAAUUCUACGAAUUGAAUUAUAUAUAUAGUUAUAAGUCUUUGUAAUUUAUUAUAACUAAAUAACUAAUUCCAUGAUUAAUUCUACGAAUUGUAAUUUUUUCUUGAAACAUCAUGAAUGUUCUGAAACAUAUUAUUUACACUUCAAUCCUCGAAUGUUUUUGUUUUCAUUUUGAUUCUUAACUCUCUUUUAAUAUUACAAUCUAAUCCUUUUACUCAACAGCCUCAACUAUUAUUGCGAUGUUUGGCAGUGUGGUUGUGGGUGCGGGUGCUUUUCAAAUAACUUUUCGUGUCAAAAUGCAUGUCAAUGAUGUUUUUUUAUUUUUUAAAAAUUAUUUUUGACAUCAGCACAUCAAAACGAUCCAAAACGUACAAACCAUAUUAAAUUUUAGCUAAAAAAAUUGUUUUUUAAAUUUUUGAGAAUGCAAGUUGAAUCUUUAUUAACAUGGCACGGAAAUCUAGUAAUUUGCCUUUGCUUCACGUGUGAUAUUUUAUAAUACAUGGGAAAAUUAUUUUAUUUAUUGAUGAAAUCUCUUUUAUGUUCUUAUACCAUGAAAGAAAAAGAAAAAUACAAAUGUAAGUUUAAAAACACACUGUUUGACAUCGUGGUUUCUAUUUUUUUAAAAUACUAAAUUGAUAUCUUUUAAAAAAUGUUUUUCUUAAUAAAUUUAUUUUUAAAAUGACAAAAUCAUUAAAAAUUAUCUAAAAAAUCAUGAAUUUAGUUUUUUUAAAAUAAAAAAUACUUUUAACCGCGCAUUACCGAAUUCACACUCAAUAAUUAAUUACAUCAGUUUUAAUCAUAAUAUGAUAUGAAUGUCAUUACUGUCCUGUUCUCUAUAUAACUGGCAGGCUAUAAUAUUAACACUUAGACACUAGUAGAAUAGGAUUUUUUUUUUGCAGUAUUUUUUUUUCUUGAAAAAAAUUUGAAUAUUAAUGUAAAAAAUAAAAUUUUAAAAAUAAAAAAAUAUUAUUUUAAUAUAUUUUUAAAUUUUGAAAAGCAAACGUGCUCGUAGUAGUUUACGUGCGUAGAAGAAAAGAAAAGAAAAGAAAAGAAAAUUCUUGGAAACUAAGAUGAUUGGAGGAGGAGGAGGAGGAGGAGAGCAGGCGGGGCCUGGGCAGGAGUUGAGAGCAGCAGACCCAGCGGCGACUAAGAGGGAGUUUGUAGUGAAUGUCGAGUCAUCUUGCUCUGUUUCUCAUAAUUCCAAUAGCCACUUACUUCCUCCUCGCAACAGCGCCUUCUUCAUUCCACCACCACCACCACCACCACCACCGCCUACUACUACCACUACUCAGCCCAAGGAGAGAGGAAGAUGGGAGACAGUGGUGCUAGCAUACAAGACACUUGGAGUUGUCUUCGGAGGGCUUGUGACAUCACCAUUAUAUGUAUACCCAUCAAUGCCAUUGAAGUCUCCUACUGAACAGGACUACUUGGGAAUCUAUAGCAUCAUGUUUUGGACUCUCACACUCAUUGGGGUUGUUAAAUAUACCAGUAUAGCUCUCAAGGCCGAUGAUCAGGGCGAAGGUGGAACAUUUGCUUUGUACUCAUUGCUCUGCAGGAAUAUGAAUAUUGGUAUCCUUUCCUCCAAACAAGUACAGACAAACUCAAGUUUCUCGCACUCUGUCUUGCAUGAAGGCACUGAGAAUAAAAGUAGGCUUGGAAAUUUUUUUGAAAGAAGCAUAGCUGCCAGAAGGGCACUACUUUUCAUUGCUAUGUUAGGCACAUGCAUGCUGAUUGGGGAUGGUAUACUUACACCUGCAAUCUCAGUGUUGUCGGCUAUGGAGGGUAUAAGAGCACCUUUUCCCUCUGUCAGCAAAUCUUCAGUGGAAGCACUUUCUGCAGUAGUUCUAGUUGUUCUUUUUCUGCUACAAAAGUUUGGCACUUCCAGAGUGAGUUUUAUGUUUUCCCCAAUAAUGGGUGCAUGGACCUUGUGUACUCCGUUAGUAGGGAUUUAUAGCAUCAUUCAGCAUUAUCCUAGCAUAUUCAAGGCUUUGUCUCCUCACUACAUAUUCCAUUUCUUUUGGAGAAACGGAAAGGAAGGAUGGCUGUUGCUUGGUGGAACUGUUCUCUGUAUCACAGGUUCUGAAGCACUUUUUGCUGAUCUUGGUCAUUUUAACAGAAGCUCAAUUCAGGUAAACAUCCAUAUCGCUUUUUCAGCCCUUUUCUAUUUUUUAUCAAUAGCUUAUUCCACAUUGUUGUCCAACCAGAUUGCCUUUUUGCUUACAAUAUAUCCAUCUCUUGUUCUGACGUAUGCGGGGCAAACUGCGUACCUUAUCAAGAACCCAAAUGAUCAUGAUGAUGGAUUUUACAAGUUUAUACCUACAGCGAUUUACUGGCCAAUCUUUAUCAUAGCCACGCUAGCUGCUAUUGUUGCAAGCCAGUCUCUGAUAUCAGCCACCUUCUCGGUCAUCAAGCAAUCAGUUGUACUGGAUUAUUUUCCUCGUGUUAAGGUGGUGCAUACAUCUUCUAACAAAGAGGGUGAAGUCUACUCCCCAGAAGUCAAUUACAUCCUCAUGAUUCUUUGUGUUGCAGUGAUACUUAUUUUUGGAGAUGGAAAAGAUAUCGGGAAUGCUUUUGGUGUUGUUGUUAGUCUAGUAAUGCUCAUCACCACAAUAUUACUGACGUUAGUUAUGAUCAUGAUAUGGAGAACUCCACCAUGGCUAGUUGCAGUUUACUUCUUCACAUUUUUUACAAUGGAAGGGGUUUAUUCCAGUGCGGUUUUGAGUAAAAUACCUGAGGGUGGAUGGAUUCCUUUUGCCAUAUCUUUUAUCCUUGCUUUCAUUAUGUUUGGCUGGUUUUAUGGAAGGCAGAAGAAGAUAGAGUAUGAGCUGACUCACAAGAUAGACUUGGGAAGACUUGGAUUGCUAUUAUCCGAGCCAGGUAUCCAGAGGGUUCCAGGAUUGUGCUUCUUUUACAGCAAUAUUCAAGAUGGCCUGACGCCUAUCCUUGGACAUUAUAUUAAAAACAUGAAAUCAGUACACAAAGUCACUAUUUUCACAACACUUCGAUAUUUGUUGGUGCCUAAGGUUGCUGCACAUGAGAGGAUCGUUGUCAACAAACUUGGCCUCGAAGGAACUUAUGGAUGCGUGAUUCAAUAUGGCUAUGCAGAUUCCUUAAAUCUCGAAGGAGAUGACAUUGUAAGUCAAGUUACUGAUAGCUUGCAGGUGUAUCUACAGAACUGCUCUAGCUGUUUAACAUCUGAACAUCACGAGGUUCAGGAAGAGAUUUCUGCUUUUGAAGAAGCAAAGCUGGCCGGAGUGGUUCACAUUCGAGGGAAGACGAGGUUUUAUAUAGGCAAGAACUGUAGUUGGUUUGAAAGAAGCAUGCUUGCAUUUUAUGAAUUCAUGCACAGUAACUGCAGGUCUGCACUGCCAGCCCUUGGGGUGCCGCCACCACACCGUAUCGAGGUUGGAAUGCUUUAUGAAGCCUGAAUAGAUAAUUAAUUAUUACUUUCAGCUUUUUUUUUUUUUCUAGAGCAAUAUAUAUAUAGACACACACACACACAGAGCAAUAUAUGAGGAAAAUCAUUGGAAGUGCAUCAUGGUAUUUUUAGCCAAGAAAAGCCCAGUAUAGCUCAUGUUAAUGCUCUAUUUUGUAAGCUGUCUGAAAAUCGAUUGAAUAAAUAGAUAUCGAGAGAUUUUCGGAUAAAAUUCUCAGUUUCAUUUGUCGACAAAACGUGUCGGACUUUGAAUGAUCAACGAGGUUGCUUACAAUGUCAGCAAUGUUACAUC